AUGGCAGGGUCAAGGUACCAACGUUCUAUGACUAAUGGUGAUAAUCUGGUUAAAUCCCAGAAAUCUACUAUAUAUUUUCAUGCGGGACGCGAAGCCCUAUAUAAGAUUAUCGAUAUCCGCCUCCUUGACUAUGAAUGGAUGCUUAAGUGGUCCUACGAAAACACCAGCGACAACACUUUCACCCAGACAAAUACAAUGACUACAACCCUGAGAACCAGAACUGGACAGGAGAAUCUUGAAAGGUUCGGGGUGAGCGCAGGGUUCUCGAAUAUGGGCAUUACAGCUACGACAGAAGCUGGUGUAGAGCAGAAGAAAUUCAUCGAGGAGGAGACAACUGCAACAACUCAAAGCAAACAGACAUAUACCGUAAACCCUCAUUCAUCUAUCUAUAUAUAUCAAAAGGUGUAUAAUUUCGAAGCGGAUGUCUGGUUCAAACUGGACGCCUAUAACGAUUACUGGACAGUCGGCAACUAUGAAAGGGACGGGGUUGCAAACACUUUACUUGAUAUUGAGAUUCAUGCCAAUGAAUUUCAACAAACAGGCCAGGUAUGGACGGGAAUAUCUCACUUAAGACCAGUGACAGUGCAAAGUAAGGAUGAGAAGACGAACAUCAAGCGUUUUGAAAAUUGCACCGGUCGUGCCCAGGACUAUCUUCACACAUUAGGAUACUGA